AUGGAGGUGGCGCUUGUUGACUUUGAGAACCUGGAUGAGGUCGGAGUCAGCAUAGGAGACCCCGGUGACGUGGACCCGCCCACUGAGACAGCAUCACUCACGGCAACAUCCAAUCAAAGCCAUGGCAACAGUCAUCAGCACAUCCUGCAGAACAGUGGGAACAGGGCACAGCAGACCGGCGAACAGGGAUUUUCACCCACAAUGCCCCACACGCAGACUAGGAGAGGACGUCCUAGCUGUGGCAGCCUCAUCUCCAACUGGAAGGUUCUACUAAACAGCGAUGGGUCGCAAAGUGAGACUAUAUACAAUAAGCUGUCUAAGGAGUGCGGCGAUGGCCUGUUCAGGGAGAAGCAAGCUUUGGAUGAGGGGAACCAGAAAGUCAUCAUCAACAUUGCAGGCCUGCGUUUUGAGACCCAGCUCAAGACCCUGAACCAGUUCCCAGAAACUCUGCUGGGGGACCCUUUGAAACGGAUUGGCUACUUUGAUCCCAUGAGGAAUGAAUACUUCUUUGACCGCAAUCGUCCCAGUUUCGAUGGGAUUUUGUACUACUAUCAGUCUGGGGGAAAGAUUCGGAGGCCAGCUAACGUUCCCUUGGACAUAUUUGCAGAUGAAAUAACCUUCUAUGAGCUCGGCAAUGAAGCUAUGGAGCAGUUUAAAGAAGAUGAAGGAUUCAUUAAAGACGCAGAGGUGCCCUUGCCUGCCAAUGAGAUUCAUCGUCAGUUUUGGCUUCUAUUCGAGUACCCAGAAAGCUCCAGUGCUGCCAGAUCAGUGGCGCUCGUCUCUGUCUUAGUCAUUGUUAUUUCCAUCAUCAUUUUCUGCCUGGAGACACUGCCAGAGUUUCGUGACGAAAUGGGAGACUUCCAAGCCAUCGCCGAGUUUGCCAAUCAGACGCAGGACGGCCCCAUCUCCGUCUCCCCUCCAAGUGCCAGCCGCAAGUCUCUCGCUGCCACCCUCACUGACCCCUUCUUCAUCGUCGAGACCAUUUGCAUCAUCUGGUUCUGCUUUGAGCUUUCUGUUCGUUUCAUCGUGUGUCCCAGCAAAAAGGAAUUCUUCAACAACAUCAUGAAUAUGAUUGACAUUGUCUCCAUCACCCCUUACUUUAUCACCUUGGGGACAGAGGUGUUGACGACACCGGAUGCAAAUUCCGCUCAGAAUAUGUCCCUGGCCAUUCUGCGCAUUGUCCGCCUUGUAAGGGUGUUCCGAAUCUUCAAGCUAUCCCGGCACUCCAAGGGACUGCAGAUCCUGGGCCAGACCUUGAAAGCCAGUAUGCGUGAGCUUGGUCUGCUCAUCUUCUUCCUCUUCAUUGGAGUCAUUCUUUUCUCCAGCGCCAUCUACUUUGCCGAAGUAGACGAACCUCAGACACAAUUUGUCAGUAUCCCUGAGGGCUUCUGGUGGGCCGUAGUGACCAUGACCACAGUUGGCUAUGGAGACAUGUGCCCUAUAACCAUGGGAGGAAAAAUGGUGGGCACUUUGUGUGCCAUCGCCGGCGUGCUGACCAUCGCCCUGCCCGUGCCCGUCAUUGUCUCCAACUUCAACUACUUCUACCACCGUGAGACAGAACAGGUGGAGAAGCAGGCUUUGGACACGAGCACAGAGGCAAGCGGGAAAACAGGGGGUGCCUCAAAGCACGUCAGUACCAAUGGCAGCUCCACGGCUGACAACUCCAAUAAUGAGAAGCACUGA